CUGACUCAGGCCUCGACUUAUGCUUCGUAGUUCCAGGGUCGUUCAAAUUGAUCUCUUGCAAAUUCAGCUAUGACUAGGAGCCGACACCUACCUACAGACUAUCACAAAUAGGAUGGCUGCAAAGUUCGUCCUCCGCAAUGUCAGAGCAAUCACCAUGGCUCGCCGCGAAACAUUUCUAGAUUUUUUCGAGCUAAUUUUCCUCAUAAUGUUGUCCUUGAUUAAUUUAACAGUGAUGCUCUUGUCGCGUUUUAUACGCUCACUCCCUUAUGUUCUUUACCCUUACCUUCACCCAGUUGGGUUGGUUACAUUAGUUGUGACCCUAUUUUCCCAGAAAUUUCUGCAAUUGACAUUCCUGAUCGGGAGCUAUCCUCGAAAAUUCAUGCUCUUCCGCAGGCUUGAGCAAGCGAGGACAUUUGAAGAGUGGCGAGACGUUGCGGCUGCUUUGGAUGAUAUUUUUGGAUUGAGUGCAUGGCGCCGGGAGCCGGAAAGUACCUUGUAUAAUUAUCGGAACAUCACAGAACGACUGGAUAAGCUACGCAGGGCAAAGGAUAUAGAUGAUCCUCGAGUAGUAUGCAAUACCAUCCGGACAGGAUUAAUUCGGAACAUGGUCAAUAUCGCGGUGCCAGAACUAUACAAUAAAGCUUUUGCGGGGACAAAGGACUUGAUCGAAAGCUACGCAGCGCAACAAGUGAUAUCCCUGCGUUAUGUGAUGCAGCUACAGACAAGCCCACCACAUCACACUGGCUUCAAUACUCAAGCCAAGCUUGAUUUUAUACGUGGUGCAAGGCAAGGCUUGGGUAGGUCAACUUUGCUGUUUCAAGGAGGCUCUAUCUUUGGCGCCUGUCACAUCGGUGUUGCGAGGGCUCUAUAUCGUGAAGGAUUACUCCCUCGCGUGAUAACUGGGACGGCCACAGGAGCUUUCGUCGCAGCUCUAUUAUGCAUUAGAACGGACAAUGAACUAGAGCGGUUCUUUGAGGGAGAGUAUCUUGACAUAAUGGCUUUCGAAGAACCGAGAGCAUAUCAUAGCCUCGACUGGUUCCAUAUAUUUUCUCACGAAGACGGAUAUGGUUGGUUCCAGAGUCUCCUCCGCAGAAUUAUACGCUGCUUAAAUGAGCACUACUUUCGGGAUCACAUCACAUUGCAAAAUCAUGUGCGAGCUGCUUUAAGAGAUAUUACUUUUGAAGAAGCCUACAGCAGGACUAAACGUGUUCUGAAUAUAACUCUUGCAAUGUCGACAAUAGGAGGCGCUCCAAAUCUUCUAAAUUACAUCACGACGCCCCAUGUGCUCAUCUGGUCCGCUUGUUUGGCUUCCAAUGUGUCCUUUGCUGCCGAGGAAGAAGUCACAAUCUGGUGUAAAAGCGAGACAGGGAAGAUCGUGCCAUGGAAACCAGUUGAUAAUCUCAAUCUUCAUUCGUGGCAUACGUUCCGUUGUCGUUCUAAGGAAUCGCCUCUACGCCGCCUACCGGAGCUUCUGAAUGUCAAUCAUUUCAUUAUUUCACAAGCGCGACCCUUCAUUAUUCCUAUUUUUGGUGAGGCCACUCAUCGUCCUGGCGCCAAAGUUCUGGCUAGAAGGUGGAAGAUAUUCCACCUUCUAUAUACGCUUUCAAAGGUGGAGAUCCGCUGCCGCCUGAGACAACUAGAUAGCUUUUAUUGCUUGCCUAAUUUGCUCCGUUCAAUCCUUAUUGAAGAGAACAUUCCAGGUUCAUGCAUUGUGCUUUUACCGCAGAUUUCGGUUCAGGAUUUGACAAAGGUCUUUAAUAAACCAACUAGGGAUACCCUUAAACACUGGGUCUUGAAGGGAGAACGGGGGGUGUGGCCGUCAAUGAGUUCGUUGAAAGUUCGCUGUGUGCUUGAAGUGGAGCUAGAAAGAGCUUUUCAAGAAUUGACGAAGAAACUGGAUAACAAUUUGCUCACCUGGUAG